CUUGUGUAUGAACAUAUGUGCAAUGGUUCUCUUGAUUCCCAUCUCUUCGAAAGGAAUGAUGCUGCGGCUGUCCUAGACUGGAGCACCAGAUAUCAGAUAGCUAUUGGAGUUGCUAGAGGAUUGUCCAACCUGCAUCAGAGUUGUCACCAGUGCAUCAUACACUGUGACAUCAAGCCAGAAAACAUACUUCUCGAUGAAUCCUUUGUGCCUAAAAUUGCAGACUUUGGGUUGGCAUCGGUCAUAGGCAGGGAUUUUAGCCGGGUUCUAACUACGUUUAAAGGAACUAUGGGGUAUCUUGCCCCAGAGUGGCUCAGCGGAGUUCCUAUCACGUCAAAAGUAGAUGUUUACAGCUUUGGUAUGGUACUGAUGGAAAUCAUAUCAGGAAGAAGGAAUGCAUCUGUGGUAUGCAGUAACAAUAGUAGGGGCCAUGUUACUUAUUUCCCUGUGCAUGCCAUGAGCCAGCUUCAUGAGGGGGAUGUUGAGAGCUUGAUGGAUCCAAAUUUACAUGGAGACUUUAGCUUGGAGGAGGCUGAGAGAGUUUGCAAAGUAGCAUGCUGGUGUAUCCAGGACAAUGAGUCUGAACGGCCAACAAUGGGUGAAGUAGUUCGGGUUCUUGAGGGUCUACAGGACCUUGAUAUUCCUCCCAUGCCAAGACUGCUUGCGGCUAUUACAGAAAUAAAAUGCUCCAGCGUGGCUACAAUGUAAAGC